AUUAUGAACACGUUGUUAUGACUUCCCGAUGUCUAUAUGAAUGCGAGUCGAGUUCAUAAACUUGUCGAGCUUCUUUAUUGGGUUCUGCACUCCAAAUACCAGUUCUUUCAUUGGGAUCAAUUUUAGUUAGUUCCGUAAGUUGAACUUUCGUUCGUCGAGCCAUGAAAUUCUUGUGCCUCAUUUUUGUAUUUAUCGUCAGUGUUAAAGGAUUGACUAGAUAUAAACCAGAUUCUAACUAUAUGCCCAACAUCUACUAUGACCCGAAAACCGCAGCGAUUUUUCGGUUAUCCUCCAUCGAGAACAUGUUGAUAUAUAAGAAGCAAAACCAAAGUGAACUAAGUCAGCUAAAAACCAAUGGAUUGAAACUGGGAGCAAAUGACAAACAUUCGAUUUUGCGUCGAGUUGGAUUUCGAAGUAAUGGAUGCACGUGUCAACAGCUUACUUGUGGUUGCUGUCUGGGUAUAAACUUGAAUCAAUUUCAAUUUAAUAGAGAAGGCUGCAUGAACUUCACCUACGACCCGGACGAAUUUGCAGUCAACAUGGAUAUGAUUAUGGAUGGAAAUCCAGUGUUUUCAAACAGUUUUUCUGCAAGGAAUCCUCCAGCCUUGUGCAUACCAGUUCCGAUACCUUAUAUUCCGCUUCAAGUGGAGACGUGUGCAAAAUUAUUUGAUAUAUAUACGCCCGGACAAAACUUGCAUAUGUGCUUUGAUUUCGAAACUAAGGUCGACAGGGCUACGGUUCUGGUCCUGCAUUUUGAUUGUAUGCGAAUGGGAAAUGACGGAGUGGCUUUAGUAAAGCCUGGCGAUUCGGUUCCACCAUCCCUAGUUUCCACGACUCCAGCACAGUUUGGAUCUGAUGUUUACGAUCCAGUAACGGAAAUUAAGAAAAAUCAACCAACCUAAGUUGCCAGACAUAGUCACAUCUUCUACUCUUAAGUCGUUUGUAGGUUAUUUGAAAAAAAAAUAUUCAAAUAAAUUUUACUGCCUU